CCUGACUUUCAGCGGCUCGAACGAAAAUGAAGCUGGAAACAAGCAUAUUGGUUUACGCUUACCCACUUUCUCUGUACGUCGUUCGGCUUUUGUGUCCACUCGCCUUUCGCCGGCAGACCGACCAUGUCGCGAAGGAGAAAGCGCGAAGGUUCAAUACGAUAAUUUGGUACCUUCAGUGCGUACUAUCUUUAUUAAUGCUCAUGACCGUUGGUUUCGCUGUUCCAGCAUACAUAUCUGCUAUUCGUCAUGACAAAGGAAUUCUAUUAAACGAAGCCUUCCUUAUUUCUUACGCCUCUGUUGCGCUCUACUAUCUUGCUGGUCUGCUUCCCGAUCCAGUUGACGAUUUCGCACCCGGAGCUUCCAAUUUUUGUGUUUGGAUCGUUGGGCUGUCCUUUGAGGGAUUAUUAUGGACUUUUUACGUGAGGACUCUCAACUCCUUCGCUACGCCUCAUCUUGUGUUGGGAAUCUUCAGGAUGGCUAUCCUGCUCAUGAUGAUCUCAGCAUAUGCAACUGCUAGAUGGAACCAUGUCGUCAGAAAAGUCCAUUCACAAGAGACGGAUAGGCUCCUUGGUUCGAAUGGGAAUGACCCAAAUGGAUACGGGUCAAUUGGCGGAAACACCAUGCCGGCCACCAAGACUGCACCAGAACGUAAAGCGGGAUGGUUGGACUAUUUCAUUGGCUUCCGGAUCUUAUUUCCCUACAUAUGGCCUUCCAACUCUCAUAAGCAGCAACUUAUAUUUUUGGCGAGUUUGAUCUUGGUCAUUGCUCAAAGAUUGAUCAAUAUUUUGGUACCAUGGCAACUUGAGAUUUUGGUCGCUUCACUUGGACAGGGAAAAAUGCCAUACAAGAACAUCGCUUUGUAUGUCACCUGCCGCGCUCUUCAAGGCCAACAAGGAAUUCUUGGCUCAGCUCGGGCUAUCCUAUGGAUUCCAGUCAGCCAAUCACUUUUCCGGAGACUAACCUGCGCGGCGUUCGAACACAUCUUGGGACUUUCGCUCGAGAUGCACCUCAGCAAGCGCAUCGGCGAAGUAAUGAGUGCUCUCAAUAAAGGCAGUGCCUUGAACACAUUCUUGGAUGGGUUUGCGUUUCAAUUGUUUCCAAUGGUUUUUGAUCUAGGCAUUGCUGCUAUCUACUUCCUCGUACGAGUUGAUGCAGUGUAUGCAUUGAUCAUUAUUGGGGUAAUGUGGAGUUACAUCUACAUGACAAUUUACAUGGCCCAGUGGCGCGCAGAGGCGCGCAGGGAGAUGGCUAAACGAGAUCGAGAAAUGGACGCCGCAAAAAUGGAUACAAUGAUGUCCUACGAAACCGUUCACCACAACGUCGCCGUUCCGCUCGAGGUAGAGAGAUUUGAUACCCAUGUUUCUGCCUAUCAGAAAUCAGAGUUUUUGGUAUUAUUCUCACUCAACGCCCUGAACAUCACUCAGAAUAUGGUUCUUACCGUGGGCAUUCUGCUAGUGGUUCUUAUAUCAUCCUUCCAAAUAUCACUGGGUGUUCAAUCGGUAGCCAUGUUUGUCGGUAUUCUGGGCUACAUGACCCAACUGCAAGCGCCUCUACAAUUCUUCGGUAGCUUUUACAAUCAGGUCCAGACUAACUUGGUCGAAGCCGAGCGCAUGCUUGAUUUGUUCAAGCAGAAGCCUACCAUAGUUGACUCGAAAGAUGCUGCGGACCUCUUGCAUUAUUCUGGUCACAUAUCAUUUCGUAAUGUUUCAUUCGCAUACGACGCCCGUCAACCAAUUCUUCGUAACAUUUCAUUCACCGUGAAGCCGGGUACUUCUACAGCCAUUGUUGGCGAGAGUGGGAGCGGAAAGUCGACCUGCUUGAAGCUGCUUUAUCGUUUCUAUGAUACCAAAGACGGCAGCAUCUUACUUGAUGGUAAGGAUUUACGGACUCUUAAGAUCCAAAGUUUUCGGAAAUACAUCGCCAUCGUACCACAGGAUACUAUUUUAUUCAACUCAAGUAUCCUGUAUAAUCUGCUGUAUGCAAAUCCGAACGCUACCUUGGAAGAGGUACACGAGGCCUGUCGCGCAGCUAGCAUUCACGACAAAAUUCUUACUUUCCCUGAUGGGUACGAGACAAAAGUAGGCGAGCGAGGCCUGCGGCUCUCUGGGGGGGAGAAACAGCGUAUUGCGAUAGCCCGAGCAAUCUUGAAGAAUCCGCAAGUCAUAUUAAUGGACGAGGCUACAGCGAGUCUUGAUUCCAGUACAGAGCAACAAAUUCAAGGCGCCCUGGAGACUGUAACCAAGGGAUUGACUACAAUAACAAUCGCCCAUCGACUAUCGACUAUCACCGAAUCUGACCAGAUACUCGUUAUGCAUCAAGGAGAGAUUGACGAGCGAGGUACUCACGAAGAAUUACUGUCUUUGGGUGGUAGAUACAAGACUAUGUGGGAAAAGCAGAUGAGCUAUGAUGCUACUCAAGGUUCCUCGUCUGAUAACAGCGACAGCUCAGUUGAUUGAUAGUUUAGAUUCCCCUGUACCGUCGGGUGCUGCCGUCUUAUUCACAGGAACUAGAAAGACUCUAUAGAAGAAAAGAAUCACUGGACGAAGAGAGAAUCCCUUAUCUACGGCAUGUUAAAGAGAACUCUGGCUCUAUUUAUCUGUUGCAUCUAUAGGCGAUAGUAUUGUAAUAUUUAGAUAAGCAAACAUAUGUUCAAGAUUGCAAAGUCUGGCAGUGGCUGCAUUUUGAGCGAAAUAAGGCGUGGGUCUUUUCGACUUGCGUGACCUUUUCUGAUUAUUUCCCAACACCACGGAAGGGUCCUGCAGCGCUCUGACCACAGUGCAAGGGCAGGGA